AUGGAACUGAAGGCUGAGGAGGAGGAGGUGGGUGGCGUCCAGCCGGUGAGCAUCCAGGCCUUCGCCAGCAGCUCCACGUUGCACGGCCUGGCCCACAUCUUCUCCUACGAGCGACUGUCUCUGAAGCGGGCGCUCUGGGCCCUCUGCUUCCUGGGCUCACUGGCUGUGCUGCUGUGUGUGUGCACCGAGCGCGUGCAGUACUACUUCCACUACCACCACGUCACCAAGCUCGACGAGGUGGCUGCCUCCCAGCUCACCUUCCCUGCUGUCACGCUGUGCAACCUCAACGAGUUCCGCUUUAGCCAAGUCUCCAAGAACGACCUGUACCACGCUGGGGAGCUGCUGGCUCUGCUCAACAACAGGUAUGAGAUACCAGACACACAGAUGGCAGAUGAAAAGCAGCUGGAGAUACUGCAGGACAAGGCCAACUUCCGCAGCUUCAAGCCCAAGCCCUUCAACAUGCGCGAGUUCUACGACCGUGCGGGGCACGACAUUCGAGACAUGCUGCUCUCCUGCCACUUCCGGGGGGAGGUCUGCAGCGCUGAGGACUUCAAGGUGGUCUUCACACGGUAUGGAAAGUGCUACACGUUCAACUCUGGCCGAGAUGGGCGUCCCAGGCUGAAGACCAUGAAGGGUGGGACGGGCAAUGGGCUGGAGAUCAUGCUGGACAUUCAGCAGGACGAGUACCUGCCCGUGUGGGGGGAGACCGAUGAGACGUCCUUCGAAGCGGGCAUCAAAGUGCAGAUCCACAGUCAGGAUGAACCUCCCUUCAUUGACCAGCUGGGCUUUGGUGUAGCCCCAGGGUUCCAGACCUUUGUGGCCUGUCAAGAGCAGCGGCUCAUCUACCUGCCCCCGCCCUGGGGCACCUGCAAAGCUGUUACCAUGGACUUGGAUUUCUUCGACUCCUACAGCAUUACCGCCUGCCGCAUCGACUGUGAGACCCGCUACCUGGUGGAGAACUGUAACUGCCGCAUGGUGCACAUGCCAGGGGAUGCCCCAUACUGCACUCCAGAGCAGUACAAGGAGUGUGCAGAUCCUGCCCUGGACUUCCUGGUGGAGAAGGACCAGGAGUACUGUGUGUGUGAAAUGCCCUGCAACUUGACUCGCUAUGGCAAGGAGCUGUCCAUGGUCAAGAUCCCCAGCAAAGCAUCAGCCAAGUACCUGGCCAAGAAGUUCAACAAAUCUGAGCAGUACAUAGGGGAGAACAUCCUGGUGCUGGACAUUUUCUUUGAAGUCCUCAACUAUGAGACCAUUGAGCAGAAGAAGGCCUAUGAGAUCGCAGGACUCCUGGGUGAGCUGCUGAUGGCACCUGUCCCCUUCCCAUGCCGUGGGCAUGGUGUGACACGCUACCACCCGAAGCAGGCUGCUCACCUCCGUCCCACAAGGCCUCCUCCCCUGCCAGCCCCAGGGGCCUUCCCCUGUGACAUUGGAGGCCAGAUGGGACUGUUCAUCGGGGCCAGCAUCCUCACUGUGCUGGAGCUCUUCGACUACGCCUACGAGGUGAUAAAACACAAGCUGUGCAGACGAGGGAAGUGCCAGAAGGAGGUCAAACGGAGCAGCGCGGACAAGGGCGUGGCCCUCAGCCUGGAUGACGUCAAAAGACACAACCCGUGUGAGAGCCUCCGGGGCCAUCCUGCCGGGAUGACGUAUGCUGCCAACAUCCUACCUCACCAUCCGGCCCGAGGCACUUUUGAGGACUUUACCUGCUGA